UCUCUCACCGUCCUUUGGACACUGAUGGUUGAACCGCUCGCACAUGACUUCUCUGUCCUCGCCUCCAUAUUCUCUCUCUAAUCUACACGUUGGAGCAGGGUGGGCGGCGCAGUGAAGAUGGUGAACGGGUUUGAGUUGCACCAUGAAGCACCGAAGCGGCGGUGCGGUACCGGUGCAGCCGCACAGCCAUCUCGGGCUCCGACCGGCAAGAACAACUUGACUCUCUCUUCUCUGGACGACGAUGUGGCAUCGGCGGUCGUUCCCCGGGUCACCGUCUUCCUGGAGGGCCGAUCGAUCUGCCACCUUAUCCGCCUCGACAAGCACACCAGCUACGCGAGCUUAGCUAAGGCGUUGCGCCGCAUGUUCGUCGACGUGGAUGAGGGCGAUGGCCGGCGUGAGGACGGAGAUGAGGUGCUCCACCUCUCCGACGCAAUGCCUGGCCACAUCGUGGCCUACGAGGACAUGGAGGAUGACCUACUCCUCGUGGGUGAUCUGAACUGGAAGUGA